ACACGCAGGUUAUUCGGUGCACCUUUUUACCUCGUCCAGUCUUCGCUUUCUUGUUUCACCUGCCGAGCUAGAGAAGGAAGCAGACCCGGGAGGACAUAGAGAUGGGCGGAGGCAACGGGCAGAAGGCGAAAAUGGCUCGUGAGAAGAACAUUGAGAAGACGAAAUCACAGAAGGGUAGUCAGCUGGAAUCGAACAAGAAGGCCAUGAACAUCCAGUGCAAGGUGUGCAUGCAAACAUUUAUGUGCACCACAUCAGAAUCAAAAUGCAGGGAACAUGCUGAAGCAAAGCACGCUAAAGUGGAUGUCUGCCAGUGCUUCCCUCAUCUCAAGAGUUAAAGCUACAAUGCUGCAGGUGAAGAAGCCAGGUUCAAUUCUGAGUCUUCAACCAGCCCUAGUAAGUCUUCAGUUUAAGCUAUGUGAAGUGUGUGAAGUAGCUGCAACUUUUUGUAAUUUGGAAUUGUUUUGUUUUUUUACCCUUAGUUUGGGGCUAUGUUGGAUUGGCUCUUUGCAGGUAUAACUAUGUUGUGAUUAUGUUGAUAUUAUUUAGUAAAUGAAAUUAAGCUUUUUAUUUA